AUAACGGGUUGGAAAUGGAGAUGCAUAGCAAUCCAAAUGAGCGACAAGAGAAGCUAUUGGUGGUUUGGCACUUUUUAGGUCCCGUUGUGCAGCGGUGACAUCAGCAAACUCAGCCGCGGGGUCGAAUUUCAAUUCCAACAAUCAACAGUCAGUCAUUAUGAUUUGAUGUUUCAGCGAUUUCGCUCUGCCUACCAUAACAGUGCACGUGUCUCUCAGAUUAAUUUCCCACACCCGAUAUCAGGGCAUCUCCAUUCCUGAGAAUCAGCAGAGGAUUCCGAGUGUCUACAAUCACUUAUUCACUCUGCACGAGGUGCCCCUCACAGGACGGGUGUAGCAUAAAUGUCCAAUGAAGGCACCCGAUAAAGACCAAUUAGCUCCACUUCGAAUUUUUCGUUACGGUCAACUUGGGUAAUUCGUCUUGUUUGCUUUUAAUUAUUGGGUUACACCAUGCCCCGGCGAUAUCGUGCCCGUGAGUACGAUGAGGACAUGUACGAAGUUGAACGGGACAACUAUCAUCGUAAACACCAACACCGGCCGCGAGGCGGACGCCAUUACAAGGAGGAAGCAAUCUACGAACAACCUCGAGCCCCUAGUCCCCCACCAGUCGAGGAGUUUGAACGUCUUCGCAUUCGAGACAAUGCAGGGCCUGAAUUGAUCCGCGAACCCCCUCGUGAGACAUCGAGAGAGCUCCGGAAGGUUAGGGAUGACACUUUCAAACGUCGUCGACCACAUCGAAGAGAAGUAGUGGAGGAAGAAGAAUAUAUCUCCCAAGAUGAAGAGUUGACAAGGGGAAUGACAGGAAGCGAGUCCGAAGACGAAGUUCCUAUCAUCCCGAAGAGACGUUCCGCGGCGCGGCGCGGCGACGUACGCGAUGAGCUCUCGAAACCCAGAAGCCGUCGUUCGGAAUAUGAACGGGAGUUGCCACCCAGUAUUGAUGAAAUGAAGCAUGAGUACAGAAAAACCCGCAGUGGCCCUCAUUAUCAUGCACCGCCACGGCUACGACCUGAGUCGGGCCCUAACACAGACGUAGAGGAGGAUGAUUAUGAAGAGGAGGAAAAUGAUAUUUUAGUCCGGCGAAGCAGGCAGCGAAGACCUCCAAGAAAAGUUGGUCUCCCUGAAGACGACGACAGUACGUCAUCCCCCGAAUCAGACGACUCUGCGGAUGUUUCUCUCGCUCGUGCGCCUAUACACCGAAGCCCACCGAAGCGACACGUACAUGAUCCAGAGGGUUAUGAUAUCCCCCGUCCACCUCGGCCCCCACGUGCACCUAGCCCUGAAGUCAGUUUUGAGAAGCCCAAAAGGGAGAAUAUGAGACCGGCCUCUCAUGAAGAGAUACUCGUCGAAGAACGCGGUGGGCCAGAGCUUUCAAAUAUAGUCCGCGGCCCACCUCCAGAGCCUUUUUUUCGGCAAAGGCAGGAAGAAUAUCCGAUUCCCCAGUCUCGCCCAAGGUCUAUCGAACGUGAGAAGGAAAUAUCCAUCCAUGAAGUAAUGCCAGGUGGUGGACAAAUGUUCGAUGAGCACGAUGUAGUAGAAGAGGUCCAUGGCAGAUCUCGUGAGCUCGAGAGGUCUAUACGGGAAACUACACCUAAAAUGACCGGAGACGAUUGGGCGAUUAUCUCUGCAGCCCCAAAGACAGAGCGGGAGGCUUUGCUAGAUGAAAUUGCUCAUGGGCCCAGAGAGCCAGCUCUUCAAGAUAAAAAGCCCAAGUUUACUGUAAGUGAGGAAAGGCAUUCGGAAAGUGACCCGGAUUUUGCACGGGGCAAAGUAGGGCGGCGAUACAUUGGUAUGAAAGAUCAACGAAAUGGGCUCUGGACGGAGAUCACCAAGGACCUUGUAGUGAAGGAAGCAAUUGAACGAUCUGGGUAUGAAUACGAAGAGACAGUAUCUUCCUAUUACGUGUUUUCAUACCUUCAAUUCGUGAGUGAAUAUCUCUCCCACUAGGAAGCUUACCAUUAACACCUUCGCACAGGAAGAUGUUUCUGCUCUGGUUGACUUGUCG